GUGAUUGUGUAGGCGUAUGAGUAAGUGAUAGAAAAAAAAAUUCGCCUUUCUGUUUUGCUUGGGAUUCAAUGGGUACGUAGUGCUGCCUGUGCACACAUCUCCUUCCGUCUCCGUUUCCCUCGUUCUCUUUUAUCUUGAUUUGCUGUCUGUGGAUUGAGUCAGCUGUUUUGUAUGCUGGAAGCUCUGGCUGAGCGCUUUGUAGAGGGGAGAUAGAUCGUGCUGUGUAUACCGAAAGAGGAUGGCGCUUUACAGGAGCCAGGGUCGGGGCAAAAAGAACCGAAUCUCAAAUCCCAAUUAAGAGCCGCAUUCCUGCAACGCACAGAGGUUAGAGUCCCAGAUGAAAAACGACAGAGAGGCUCUCCGUGUUGAUCGCUGGCCACAACGCUUUGACGACUAGAUUACUUGAACUGAUAAUUAAAUAUUGACACCUUGGGGUUACUCUGUCUCUGUGGUUAGUGUGGAGGAGAUUUUUUUUUUUUUUAAAAAAGUGCCAGAUUGUCGCGACAUUGUUACUUACCGUACAGCAGAAAAGUAGACACGACAAAAAUGAGAUGCAACGAGUAGCCGAACAUUAUUAUGCAGCCAGGAAACGUGACCACUAACGCGGUAGCUGGCCCUUUGGCUUCAGAAUAUUCAUUUGGUUUCUAGUCAGUGCAAAGGAAGCCUUGGGGAAACACUUUACGAAGACUGAGGUAUUUAAAGAGGAACUCGAACACGGAAACCAUCAAAGGGUCAUUUCUCCCGAAAGCUGUUUUAUUUUUUGGUCGUCUGGUUAUUGAAUGGGAAUGGUAGACUAUUAAAGGGACCUGAAAGGACAAGCGCGCAACUUAAACCAAUCAAUGAAGACAAACAGGCGGAUGCUUUAAAUGAAGGGGACGGGCACUGCAUGCCAAUCAAGCGUGAUUCAAGACAGUUAAGAAUGGAGGGUCCUUGUCAUCUGAAAGGUGCUGUGAUUCUACAGGCAUGCUGCUGAAGCCUGUGCUGUACGGAAGCUGGCAGUGAACACGUGGAUUUCAUUUACCGGCUGCGACUUUGCUUUCUUUACAUUCCUUCACUCCGCGCUUUCGGUGACUUGUGGAUGACUUUGGGCUCCGGCUGUAAAAUACCUAUGGAUAUAGAAACGGCACAGAAGAAGCCACUCGAUUUCGUAUUGUCAUGCGAUAGAACCUUAAUGCAAGGCAACAUUUACUGAAAACUGAUUUUUGAACUCUUGAACAUUCCGAAACGGACGGAUAAGAGCUGCCCGAAAGGCACUUACUGGACUUUAUCGUUCUCCUUUCUUGCUAAUGUUGCUUGUAUACAUCAUGAGAAACCAUUCUUGAAGCACCUGAAACAAGAAAGGGCUGAAUGAUUGGGAAAUGACGGUAUCCUGAUGUGACAUGGCCUGAACUUACACAGAAUUCAAAAAAAAAGAAAAAGAAAAAGGAAAAUAAUGAAGAAGAAAUGCUAUGAAAUUGCAGGGCACAAUAAAGCUACAGACUGAAAGGACCGUGCGCUUAACUGCUCAAGUUCUCCCACUUUGUAAACUUGCAUGCCCGCUGUUUUCCAUUAAAGACUGCCGAGGAGUUGCAGGUGGCUGCGUGAAAGAGGCAAAUCAGCAGCAAACUCUGAAGUCAAAUAAAAGGAUAUUUUGGAGCUGGGGUCAAACACCGUAGCAUCAGAAAGAAGAAAGGAACCAUCCCUACGUGGGGCACCAACUCAUGAAACACCAUCAAUGAAAAACUGGCAAAAGGAUAAUGGCAAAGAUGGAAAACUAGAGAAUGUUUCAGAAAUGUGGGCCACACGGGAAAUAAGCACAAACCAAGCUCAAAAGAGGUUGUAUUGAAGAUAUAAAGAAAAAAUAAAACCUUACACUCUGUUCUUCCAAUCUGCAAAUGUGGCAACUUAACAUUAUCAUCCAGUGAAUUUAAAGCUCUGCACUGAACCUGACUGGUAAUAAACCAAUAACUGUUUCACAUAAAGGAAACUGAAUGUUUACCUCUCCCUUGUAAGCCAGAAGAAGGUGCGCCAGUGACUAGAGGAAGUCCAUUUCCCACUGCGGGAGGAAUACAGAUGGCUUGCCAUGGAGGGACAGCAAUGAGUGCUCUUUGCUGGUGUGUGGCACUUGUGGCUUUAAUGCAGGCAGCUGGAGUCAGAGGGGACUGCUGGCUUAUUGAAGGGGAGAAAGGCUUUGUAUGGCUGGCCAUUUGCAGCCAGAAUCAGCCCCCAUAUGAGGCAAUCCCACAGCACAUCAACAGCACUAUCGUGGAUCUUCGCCUAAAUGAGAACAAAAUCAAAACUAUUCAGUACUCCUCUCUUAGUCGGUUUGGAAACCUUACUUACCUGAACUUGACCAAGAAUGAGAUUUCCUACAUUGAGGAUGGGGCAUUUUCCGCCCAGUUCAACCUGCAGAUCCUGCAGCUCGGCUUUAACCGGCUAAGGAACUUGACAGAAGGGAUUCUACGGGGCUUGGGUAAGCUGCAGUAUCUCUAUCUGCAGGCUAAUCUGAUCGAGACAGUAACCCCCAAUGCCUUCUGGGAAUGUCCCAACAUUGAAAAUAUAGACUUGUCCAUGAACCGGAUACAGAGGUUGGACAGCGCGACUUUUUCUGGCCUGAGUAAACUCACCACGUGUGAGCUGUACACUAACCCUUUCUACUGUUCUUGUGACCUCCUGGGCUUCCUAAAGUGGCUGGCAGUUUUUCCGAAUCGAACCAAUGAGCGGAUGCAGUGCGACUCCCCCAGUAACCUUGCUGGUUUUAGCCUCUUGAGCCAGAAUCCCAACCAGCCUAACUACAGGAAUGCUCUGAGUAUUCUUUUUAACGAGUGCUCCGACGACACAGAAAGACCCGUUUACAUUCCCCCCAGCUUUCCAAGCAACACAUCCCCUCCACCAGACACACCAUGUGGGCUGGAUGACUGUGGUUCAGGUUCAGAACCUAAUAUCAUGAUUACUAUUAAUACUCCUUAUCCAGAUGCUGACGUUAAGCCCAUUAUGCAGCUUGCACAUGUGACUCACUCCAGUGUUACCCUUAUGGUGCAAAUUCCUUACCCCUACAGCAAAAUGUACAUUCUUGUCCUUUACAACAACAGUUUCUAUCAGGACCUCCGAAACCUCCGAAAUGAGAAGGAGCUGGUAACACUCAGUGGGUUGAAAGCCCACACCGAGUACACAUACUGCGUGGCUUCAAUCCGCAACUCCCUACGAUAUAACCACACGUGUCUAACCAUCAAUACUCGGAACAACAUUGUUGCUGAACCUGAAAGCAAUCCUUCCACUGCCACUCAUUACAUUAUGACUAUUCUAGGUUGCCUCUUUGGAAUGGUCAUUGUUUUAGGUGUGGUUUACUACUGCCUUCGCAAGAAAAGACAGCAGGAUGAAAAGCACAAAAAGGCAGGGAGCAUGAAAAAGACAAUCAUAGAGCUGAAAUAUGGAGCUGAGCUAGAAAGUGGCACCAUCUCCCAACUCACUCAAAAGCAGAUGAUGGCUGGAGAAAGCAUGCCCCGGAUGCCAUAUCUGCCUUCCGCUGGGGAGCUGGAGCAGUACAAACUCCAAGACAUUAGCGAUACACCAAAAGGAACCAAGGGGAAUUACAUUGAGGUGCGAACUGGGGAGCAACCUGACCGCAGAGAAUGUGAUUUAUCCGUCGCCGGAAAUAACCAAGGUUCAGUGGCUGAAAUCUCAACCAUUGCAAAAGAAGUGGACAAGGUCAAUCAGAUUAUCAACAACUGCAUCGAUGCUUUAAAAUCAGAAUCUACCUCCUUCCAAGGAGUAAAAUCUGGAGCCGUGUCCACAGCGGAGCCCCAGUUAAUUCUGAUCUCAGAGCAACCACAGAGCAAAUCUGGCUUCCUGUCUCCAGUGUACAAAGACAGCUACCAUCACCCUCUGCAACGGCACCACAGCAUGGAAGCAGCACCCAAGCGGUCCAGUACUUCGUCAAGUGGCUCCGUUCGGAGUCCCAGAUCCUUUCGGUCAGAAGGAGCGUACAAGUCAGAAGCAAAGUAUAUCGAGAAGACAUCACCUACAGCAGACACAAUUCUGACAGUGACACCAGCAGCAGCCAUCCUCAGAGCAGAGGCAGAGAAAAUCAGACAGUAUAGCGAGCACAGGCACUCCUAUCCUGGGUCACACCAGGGUGAACAGCUCGAGGGACCCGGCAGCCGCAAACCAUCCAUCUUGGAGCCUCUGACUCGUCCCCGUCCAAGAGAGCUAGCCUAUUCCCAGCUUUCACCGCAGUAUCACAACCUCAGCUAUUCUUCCAGCCCCGAGUACUCGUGCAAACCUGCACACAGCAUUUGGGAGCGCUUCAAACUGCACCGCAAGCGACACAAAGAAGAGGAGUACAUGGCAGCUGGUCAUGCACUGCGCAAAAAAGUGCAGUUUGCCAAGGACGAGGACUUGCAUGACAUUUUAGACUACUGGAAGGGUGUGUCGGCCCAGCACAAAUCUUGAUUCUUCUCUGACUUUUGUUUUAAAGUUGGACCAAAUUAAGAAAGAGAGAAAAAAAAAAAACAAACAAAAACAAAAUCAACUAAAUUAAAAAAACAAAAAAAAUCUACAAGAAGAAACUCUUCUGCAGCUAUUUUUAUUAAAGAAAAAAAUAGUUUCUGGACAAAGUCAUUUCAAAGUAGAAAUGUGAGAGUUUAUGCGCCAAAAAAAAAAAAAAUGAACUCGGCAAAACUGUAUACAUUCAUUUUUUUUAAAGAUUAAAAACAACAAAAAAAGCAUUGGAUUAUAAUAACUUGGGUAUCGCAUGGCCGUGUCCUGUGACUCUGUGGAUUAACUAUUGUGUACUUUGAAAGAAAAAAAAAAAAGAAAAAAGAGAACAAAUACAAACCCCGUGUCCACUGAACACUCUGUAUACAAGACUCUCUAACUGUGCAAAUGUUUCUGUCGGAGAUCUACACCCACAUGCACACUGUUUUCACACACCGCAUUGUAAAGUUAUUAUUUAUCAGUGAAUUCUACGUACAAAAGAUAUGUACAGAUAAAAUUUCUAUAUUUGCAAGUCUGCUGUAAAAAUAUAUAGAUAUAUAUAAAUAUAUAUAUAUAUCACCUAUUUGUACCAGGUUUUAAAUCAUGGAUUUCAGAGACAAAUUGUUCAUUUUUGUCUCCAAUGAAUGUCUCUCUGUCCUGAUGGAUAAAAUUGCACUGUUCAAUGAAAUGGUACAUACUUCUAGAACACAUCCUGCCUAUUAUUUGCUCUCACCCUCUCUUUCACAUAUCAUUUGCAGACGUUACAAAUCAUCCUUCAAACUGCUAACCGUACAAAGCUCAUCCACUCUCUGUCUGUCUCGCUCGCUCGCGCGCUCUCUUUCUAGUUGAAUUAUGUAUUACCGAAGUGCUGUGAUAAAAGAGUCCUUACCUGCUCAGCUGAUGUCCUGGGCGCCAAAUUAAAUUUUCAUUUAUGGGGAAGGGUGUAUUUAAAUCAUUAAUAUUAAUAUAACAUCUCUUUGCCUUUUCCUGCUCAUUUACUUUGUUAUAAAACUAAUCACUGUGCAUAUUGCGUGAUUUGAUUUUGCUAUUUUUUUUUUUUAACUCCUGCAUAUUGUACAUUUCACAGGAACUUCAAGAAUUGAUUUAUUUAUUACGGCUGCCUAAAUGUAUAAGGUAAUAACAGAAGCACAAUGUCAUUAAUGAA